CCCUGAUCCGCGGCCAAUGUACCAGUAAACAGCUAAACCCCACCUCACCCCGCCAACUUUCAUAAACCCUAUAUGCCGUCUAGUCCCCUGCCCUUUUUCAAACCCAAAUCACUGUCUCAAAAUACCUUAGCCGACACCAUCAUCGCCAUCGACUCCGCCGCUGCCGCUUCUGCCGCCACCAAGAUGGACCCAAAAGCAGUGAAAUCAGACCUAGUACUUAUCCUCGACUACGGUUCACAAUACACUCAUUUAAUUACACGAAGAAUCAGGUCCCUGAACAUCUUCUCUCUCUGUAUCUCAGGCACUUCUUCACUAGAAACCAUAACUUCACACAACCCCAAAGUUGUUAUCCUCUCAGGUGGACCCCACUCGGUCCAUUCUGCCAAUUCACCAACUUUCCCAUCUGGGUUUGUCGAGUGGGCUCAAAAAGGUGGUAUCUUUGUGUUGGGGGUGUGUUAUGGGCUGCAAUUGAUUGUGCAAAGAUUGGGCGGUCAAGUUGAUGUUGGUCAAAGGCAAGAGUAUGGGAGGAUGGAGAUUGAAGUGGAGAAGAAUUUGGGUGUUUUUGGAAAGAAGAAAGUUGGGGAUAAGCAGGUUGUUUGGAUGAGUCAUGGUGACGAGACUGUUAAGUUGCCCUAUGGAUUUGAAGUUGUGGCUAGGAGUCAACAAGGGGCGGUCGCUGCAGUUGAAAAUAGAGAAAUGAGGUUUUUUGGCUUGCAGUAUCAUCCGGAGGUGACUCAUUCACCCGAGGGCAUGGAUACACUUCGAUACUUCCUGUUCGAUGUUUGUGGAGUCUCUCCAGGGUGGAACAUGGAAAAUGUUUUGGAUGAAGAAAUCAAGGUGAUCAAUGACGCAGUGGGGCCUGAAGAGCAUGUCAUAUGUGCAUUGUCAGGGGGUGUGGAUUCCACUGUUGCUGCAACUCUUGUUCACAAGGCAAUUGGAGAUAGGCUUCAUUGUAUUUUUGUUGAUAAUGGCUUAUUGAGAUAUAAAGAGAGAGAACGUGUUGUGGAAACUUUUGAAAGUGAUCUGCAUCUGCCUGUUACUUGUGUUGAUGCAUCAAAUGAAUUCCUUAGUAAGCUGAAAGGUGUGGUGGAUCCUGAGAUGAAAAGGAAAAUUAUUGGAAAGGAGUUUAUUAGCAUCUUUGAUGCUUUUGCCCAUAAGCUGGAGCAGAAAUUGGGAAAGAAACCUGCAUACUUGGUCCAAGGGACCUUGUAUCCAGAUGUUAUUGAAUCUUGCCCACCUCCUGGAUCUGGAAGAACCCACUCUCACACCAUCAAGAGCCAUCAUAAUGUUGGAGGGCUUCCGAAGGACAUGAAAUUGAAGCUCAUUGAACCACUUAAACUUUUAUUUAAGGAUGAGGUUCGUCAGCUAGGAAGAAUCUUGAAUGUUCCUGAUGCAUUUCUGAAGCGACACCCUUUCCCUGGUCCUGGCCUUGCCGUACGAAUCUUGGGUGAUGUAACUGAAGGCAAUGCUUUAGAUAUCCUCCGCCAGGUUGACGAGAUUUUUAUUCAGUCCAUCAAGGAUGCUGGGCUAUAUGAUUCGAUUUGGCAAGCUUUUGCAGUAUUUCUUCCUGUUAGAUCAGUUGGAGUUCAAGGUGAUCAAAGAACUCAUUCUCAUGUUGUUGCUCUUAGAGCUGUUACGAGUCAAGAUGGAAUGACAGCUGAUUGGUACUAUUUUGAACACAAGUUCCUUGAUGACGUGGCCAGAAAAAUCUGUAAUAGUGUAAGAGGUGUAAAUCGAGUUGUUCAAGACAUCACAUCAAAGCCUCCGUCAACAAUUGAUGGUUUAUUGAAUCUGCUGAAACUCUGCCUUUCCACAAUAUUACAGGAAUAUGGAAACAAGAUGAUCGACUUGUCAAAGAGAAUCAUCGAGGUUUUAGUGAUGACUUUGGGAGAUGGUUGUGACAGGAAAUUUUGCGAAUCAGAAUUCAGCAACUGUCAUGGCUAUUUCAGGGUUGUAAACUAUUCACCACCGAAGGAUGUGGAAGAAAGGGAGGUUGAGGGGCUUGGAAUGCACACUGAUAUGAGUUGUAUAACCAUCGUCUAUCAGGAUGAGACUGGUGGGCUGCAAAUGAGAUCCAAGGAAGGAGAAUGGCUGGACAUACCUCCAUGUGAGGAUCUUCUUGUUGUUAACAUUGGAGAUCUGAUGCAGGCUUGGAGUAAUGGAAGGUUAAGAUCAUCCGAACACCGGGUUGUUUUAAAGCGUUUAGUAAAUCGCCUAUCUCUCGCUUUCUUUUGGUGCUUCGAGGAUGAGAAGGUGAUCUUGGCCCCAGAUGAAGUUUUGGAGGAAGGAGACCAGAGGAUUUACAAGUCAUUCGUUUGCUUGGAUUAUUUGAGAUUUAGAGAGAGUAACGAGGAAGGUAAAUUUGAGAAAAUCGGGUACACCGUAAAAGAUUUUGCAGGGCUCACACUUCAAACGUAGCAAGUCAUUCAUUUGCUUGGAUUAUCUGGAUUUUUUAUGUUGCCGACAUGUACAGCAGCUCAUGUCUUAAUUAGUCUUCUAGUUAACAGUAAUUAAAAAGGUACUGUCUUCUCUCCAGUCUCUUCUGCUGGAAAGUUAAACCAGGGAUCGAAAGGAUUGAAUUUUUACAACAGGGUUGCUGUUGGAAUAAUAAAUGGUCUGUGAAAUUCUGGAUUCUGUGGGAGCAAAACUAAAGCUGGAUAGGGAACCUGGGUGGGCUCAAGAUGCAAUGGAUUGAGCAGGAAUCGCGUGGUUCGUAGUGUGGAAAAAACAAAGGCAAGGAAAGAUCAAAAUAAAAUAAUCUGUGAUGUAAUGGAUUGAGCUGUGAGUAUGCAAUGGUGUUGAUAGUCAACUCUUCCUGCAUUGUUUAACUAUUAGCCAUAUCAGCCGGGUGGAUUUUCUGUCGUUUUCUUCUCUUUUCUCGUUUUCCUGCUCCGCUUGAUUGCUCUUUGGAUCCAAUAGAGAUCUGGGAAUGAUGAUACUCUACCCUACGCACAGUUCACGCCCACUUUACUCUCAGCAGGUGGUUUCCAGCAUUUAGUAACAUAUAUAUAUAUAUAUAUUAUUUCUGUGACUGGUCCAUAGCACAUAUCGAUUGUCUUAUCAGGAAAAACUUCGUAGAGUUACGUAAAAGAUUCUUAAAGAUGAUUGCUGAUUGCCACUAAGACAAGUGGUAAGAUCUGGACAGACCAAAGGAAAUCUUUGAAAAUAAAAUGAGUAAUGAUGGCCAAUUCCAUUAUUUACACGCCUUCAUAAAUAAUACCUUUCUUAGAAACUA